AUGGCCCUUCUUCAAACGCAGCGAGUGGGUCUCGUCGUCCAGCUCGACGAGACCAAGGGCAUCAACAAUCAGCUGGGCACGAGGCUUCCAGCUGUCCCACGCCGGUGGAUAGCCACGCCGGCGGACGAGGUAACUCGUCCGGAUGCCAUUAACAUUGCGGUGGUUCAAGAUGUUCAAGAGCUGAACCAUCUAACGGAACAGUUGUAUCAUGAUCUGGAUCAUGAACGAUCUCGGCGUUAUGGGCUUAAGGAUCUUGUGAGGGAUUAUUACAAUUCCCUAACGCACGAUCGCUCGGACGAUCGUGCCGCUUUUGCAUUCGCGCAACUUGAGAACGAACGCUCGACUCGUUCUCUUCGUGAUGAGCUGGCUGUAGCGCGUCGAGACAUCGCUGAGCUGUGUGAACAGGUCGCUUUGCUAGUCGACCAGACUGGUUCGUUGAAACGGGACUACUCGAGGUGGUCUCGGCCCUCGACCGUAUAG